CGUUCCUCUCUGUUGUUCACAGCAAUCACUGCCGUCAAGCUUGCCUCUCCGGUUUGUCCUUGCGUCGUCGUUGUCUUCUAAAUUGGACCUGCGAAUGCAUGGAAUGGUGUAAUAUAAGUGAGCAAAUCUCUUGCAGGAAUGAAGGCGAAGAUUGUUUUCAGGAAGAUUUAUGACUACGUUCGGUAUGAUUUGAAGGAAAUUGCAUUUCCCUCGUCUUUACCGGAUCCUCCACAUGUAAAGAAGCGCCCAAAGCUUACAUGGCAUGAUCGAUUCCUGGUGUUGAAGGAGGCUUCCAGGUUAUACGCUGCAAGCUGGGUGCGGGACAUUGGUCCUGAACUGCGACCACAUGAGUAUAAGGUGGAAGAAAGCGAAAACAAAACAAAUUCACCAAAAAGUGCGCCUAAAGAGAAAGAACCUUCAACACUUGAAGACCUAGCUGUGGCUGCAAGAGGAGGAAUGGAGACAUUAAAACCAGCUUUGCAGCGGGUGUAUAUGACUAGAGCUGCUGCAUAUAGAGACGCUCUAAAAAAUUUUAUAGAUGGGUAUCAAGAAGGUAUUCAGCAAGUCAUGGAGAAAAAGGACGCUUCUGAUUCCCAAAAGGGAAGUGAUAAAAUCUAAUAAAAGUCUGACAGUAUUUAUGCUUUAUGUAAAAGCUGCAGAAUUGUGACCAAGAUAGUUUAGAGGAUACUGGUGGUUCAGUUUCCGUUUGUAAAAAGUGGUUGAAUUGAGAUUUUUAGUGUAUUUUUCGCCAGUGCAUUUUGAAAUAUAUACAGUUUUGAGCA